AGCGGAGGCGGGCGGCCGGCGGUGCGGGCGCUCCGGAGAGGCUGACAGAAGGUGAGCGCUGUGGGCUAUGGGAUGGAUGAGGUGGAGCAGGACCAACAUGAGGCCCGACUCAAGGAGCUGUUUGACAGUUUUGACACAACGGGAACCGGAUCCCUGGGACAGGAGGAGCUCACCGAUCUGUGCCACAUGCUGAGCUUGGAGGAGGUAGCCCCGGUGCUGCAUCAGACACUGCUGCAGGACAACCUCUUGGGCAGGGUGCAUUUUGAUCAAUUUAAAGAAGCAUUAAUACUUAUAUUGUCUAGAACGCUGUCCAGUGAAGAACACUUUCAAGAACCAGGUAAAUUCAUUGAUAAUGAUGCUGUGAAUAAAAAAGGCAUGUGUGAGUGUAUAUUUGUAGGCAGACACCUUCCAGGAAUGCUUCUGGACACAUUUGGAACUAUCAUGAAAUCUGAGCUUGUACCAGGAGAAGAGCCUGGGCGCUGGAAGACACAACGCAGCGAGGAGUACGAAGCAGAAGGCCAGUUAAGGUUUUGGAACCCAGAUGACUUGAAUGCCUCGCAGAGUGGGUCUUCUCCUCCUCAAGACUGGAUAGAAGAGAAACUGCAAGAAGUUUGUGAAGACCUGGGGAUCACCCGCGACGGCCACUUGAACCGGAAGAAGCUGGUCUCCAUCUGUGAGCAGUAUGGCUUGCAGAGUGUUGAUGGAGAGAUGAUUAAGGAAGUAUUUCAUAACCUCAGUCCCGAUGGCACAAUGAGUGUUGAAGAUUUUUUCUAUGGUUUGUUCAAAACUGGAAAAUCUCUUACACCUUCAGCAUCUACUCCUUACAGACAACUGAAAAGGCACCUCUCUAUGCAGUCUUUUGAUGAGAGUGGACGUCGUACCAUGACCCCAUCAGCGAAGACAAGCACCAUUGGCUUUCGUGUCUUGUCCUGUCUGGAUGAUGGGAUGGGCCAUGCAUCUGUGGAGAGGAUACUGGACACUUGGCAGGAAGAGGGCAUUGAGAACAGCCAGGAGAUACUGAAGGCCUUGGAUUUCGGGCUUGAUGGAAAUGUUAACUUGACAGAACUGACACUGGCUCUUGAAAAUGAACUUUUGGUCACCAAGAAUGGCAUUCACCAGGCAGCUCUGGCCAGCUUCAAGGCUGAGAUCCGGCAUUUGUUGGAACGGGUCGACCAAGUGGUCAGAGAAAAAGAGAAGCUACGAUCAGACCUGGACAAGGCUGAGAAGCUCAAGUCUCUGAUGGCUUCAGAGGUGGAUGAUCACCACGCAGCCAUAGAAAGGAGGAAUGAGUACAAUCUCAGGAAACUGGAUGAGGAGUACAAGGAGCGCAUAGCAGCAUUAAAGAAUGAGCUGUGCAAAGAGAGAGAGCAGAUCUUGCAGCAGGUGGGCAAGCAACGCUUAGAGCUCGAGCAGGAAAUCGAAAAGGCAAAAACAGAAGAGAACUUCAUUCGGGACCGCCUUGCCCUCUCUUUAAAGGAAAACAGUCGCCUAGAAAAUGAGCUUCUGGAAAAUGCAGAGAAGUUGGCAGAGUAUGAGAAUCUGACAAACAAACUUCAGCGAAAUUUGGAGAAUGUGUUAGCAGAAAAGUUUGGUGACCUUGAUCCCAGCAGUGCUGAAUUCUUUCUACAAGAAGAGAGGCUGGCACAGAUGAGAAAUGAGUAUGAACAACAGUGCCGGGUAUUACAAGACCAAGUGGAUGAACUACAGUCCGAGCUGGAAGAAUAUCGUGCACAAGGCAAAGUGUUCAGGCUUCCCUUGAAGAACUCGCUGUGUGAUGAACUGGAUUUGAACAGCGGUGGCAUUGAGCCUGACCAGGGGCUUGGUUCUGAAGAAUGUAAUCCACUGAAUAUGAGCAUCGAGGCAGAGCUGGUCAUCGAACAGAUGAAGGAACAACACCACAGGGAAAUAUGUCACCUAAGACUGGAGCUUGAAGACAAAGUGCAUCAUUAUGAAAAGCAGCUGGAUGAGACCAGGGUCUCCUGUGAAAAAGAGCAGGAGACCAUGAGGCAGAAGUAUGAGCAUGAAGUGCACACCUUGGAAAAAGAAGUACAUGAAUUGAAAAGUGAAAUCGCAGACCUUCAGGGGCAGGCAGAGGUGCUGAAGGAGGCCCACCAGGAGGCCAGCUGCAGGCACCAGGAGGAGAAAAAACAACUGCGGGUGGCUUUUGAGGAGGAAAAGACUCGCCUGCAGGAAGAGCUGAGGCUGCAGCAUGAGCAGGAGCUCAAGGCCAGGCUGGAGCAGGUGGAGGAAGACUUUAGCCAGAAGAGGGAAGGACUGGCUCAGAGUAGCGCCUGGAUGGAAGAGAAGGUGAAAGGCCUGACUCAGGACCUAGAGCGGGUCCACCAGGAGCAGCUGCAAAGCCUGGUGGAGAAGUAUGCUCUGGAGAGAGAGGAGCUGAGGAAAGAGCUCUUGGAAAAACACCAACAGGAACUUCAAGAAGGAAGGGAAAAAAUGGAAACAGAGUGUAAUACAAGAACCUCUGAAAUAGAAGCCCAGUGUCAGGCUGACUGUCAGAAAGUCACUGAGCACUGCGAACAGACUCUCCGGAGCCUGGAGGAGCACCACCGACAAGAACUGAAGGAGCUCCUUGAACAGCGGCUGGAGGACAGAGCCCAGUGGGAGUUUGAGAAGGACGAGCUCACCCAGGAGUGUGCUGAGGUCCAGGAGCAGCUGAGGGAGACUCUGCAGAGAGAGAAAGCAACCUCCCUGGUCCUGACCAAGGAGAGGGAGAUGCUGGAGAAGACAUAUAAGGAACAUUUGAAUAGCAUGGUCGUUGAGAGGGAGCAGCUGCUCCAAGACCUGGAAGACCUGCGCAAUGCAUCUGAGAGCCAGCACAGCCUCCUGACCGACCAGAUACUCGCGCUGAAGAGCGCCCAUGCACAAGAACUAAGGGAGCAAGAGCAGGUUCUGUGCCAGGCUGGGGCCUCGAAGCAGCUGGCAAGCCAGCAGCUUGAAAGGCUGCAGAUGGAGCAUGACCAGGAGAGGCAGGACAUGAUGGCCAAACUUCUGGCCAUAGAGAAUGCCCACAGGGUGACAUGUGAGACCGCUGAUCGAGACCGAGCUGAGAUGAGUGCAGAGAUCUCCAGGCUUCAGAAUAAAAUCAAGGUCAUACAGCAGGCGGCAUCUCUGUCCAGGCUCCAGGGGGGCUACCAGGCAGUAGGAGGGGAGGAGGUGGAAGGAAGUAGAGGCAUGUCCCUGCUUGAGCAAGGAGAACAGCUGUUGGAAGAAAAUGGAGAUGUCCUCAUCAGUCUGCAGAAAGCUCAUGAACGUGCAGUGAAGGAGAAUGUAAAAAUGGCUACUGAAAUUUCUAGAUUGCAACAGAGGCUGCAGAAAUUAGAACCAGGGUCAGUAAUGUCAUCUUGUUUAGAAGAACCAACGACAGAGUUUUUGAGAAGUCCUGCAGAACAGUCACAGCCAUUUUUAUCACAAAACCAAAUGAAGCAAGCUAAAAGUAUCACUACACGGCACAUCCAGAGCGACCUGCAGGAAAAUGAGGUUCAGGAUGCAACAAGUACAGAGACCAGCUCUGAUCAGAGACACAAGGUCAGGAUGGAAGAGUCUGAAGCUUCCAUGGAGUGUUUCUCUGAGCUUGAAAAUAGUGAUGAGACCAGGACUGAAUCCUGGGACUUGAAGAGCCACAUUUGUCAGCUCCAAGAACAAUUACAGAUCUUACGUGCUGACUGUGACCGGGCUUCUGAAAAGAAACAGGAUCUGCUUUUUGACAUCUCUGUGCUAAAAAAGAAACUGAAGAUGCUUGAGAGAGUCCCCGAGACUUCUCCCAAGUAUAGGUUGCUAUUUGAGGAUGCCAGUCGAGAAAAUGACUGCCUUCAGGAAGAGCUGAGAGUGAUGGAAACGCGCUAUGACAAGGCCUUAGAAAACAGUAAAGAACUCACUGCGGAAGUUUUCAGGUUGCGGGCGGAAUUAAAGAAAGUGGAGGAAAUGACAAGAACAUUCCUUAGCCUGGAAAAGAAUUACCAUGAUGUCAAGAUGGAAAAUGAGGAGCUGAAUGUUUUGGUGGUGAGACUGCAAGGGCAGAUUGAUGAGCUUCGGGAAAGAGCGGUCCCACACAGUGACUGCAGCUUCUCUUUGUGGGAAGCCAAAUCAGACAACCUGGAACUCCAGCCCAACGAGAAGGUGCUUGAACUCAGUCAAUUGCCAGAAGAAUGCAUUCCCAAGGAUAGACGCAUGCACCAUCUUGUAGAAGAAUGGAAACAAGAAACUCAGUGCCAAGAGCAGGGAAGCACACAGCCCUUGGCAAAAGUCAAAGCCCAUGAAAUUGCCUGGUUACACAGAACCAAGAAAAGCCCAGAGUUCUUUUUGUUGCAGACACACCACGAAGAGCCCAGAGGUACACUGGAGGAAAACCCUGCCAUCAGAGGCCUUCAAGACCCUCAAUUUCAGCAUCAGGCCACACUAGCAGAGUUAGAACUGGAGAAACAAAAGCUACAGGAGCUGACUAGAAAGCUAAGGGAGCGAGUCACCACUUUAGUUAAGCAGAAAGAUGCCUCUUCUCAGGGAGAGAAGGAGGAAGAGCUGAAGGCCAUGAUGCAUGACCUGCAGAUCACAUGCAGUGAAAUGCAACAGAAAGUUGAACUGUUGAGAUAUGAAUCUGAAAAGCUUCACAAGGAAAACUCUAUUUUGAGAAAUGAAAUUACUACUUUAAAUGAAGAAGAUAGCAUUUCUAGCCUGAAAUUAGAGAAAUUAAAUGGAUCUCAGGAAGAAUUGUGGCAAAAAAUAGAAACUGUAGAACAGGAAAAAGCUGCAAUUCAAAAGAUGGCUGAAAAUUUAAAGAAACAGAUUUCAGAUUUAAAAACCAAAAACCAACAGUUGGAUUCAGAAAAUAGAGAACUUAGCCAAAAGAACUCUCAAAACCAGGAAGAACUGCAGGACCUUAAUGAGCGUCUGGCAGAGCUGCUGUGCCAGAAAGAAGAAGAGCCAGGGGAGAGUUCAUUUGAGGAAUGGGAACAAGAAAAGGCUGAUCUGAAAAAGGAGCUAGAACUGUAUAAAAUGCAGUCCUCCACAUUAGUGUCUUCUCUGGAGGCAGAACUUUCAGAAGUUAAAAUCCAGUCUCACAUUGUGGAACAGGAAAACCACCUUCUCAAGGAUGAACUGGAGAAAAUGAGCCAACUGCACAGAUGUCCUGAUGUCUCUGAGGUACAGCAAAAGCUGUCUAGUGUAUUAAACUACAACGAAGCACUGCGGAAAGAAAAAGAAGUUCUAAGUACAGAAUUAAAUGACUGCCUGGAUAAGCUGGCACAAUCUAGCCUUUUGGAGAACAGAAUUGCGACAAUGAAGCAAGAGCAGCAGUCUUGGGAGCAUCAGAGUGAGAGCUUAAAGUCACAGCUGGUGGCUUCACAGGAAAAGGUUCAGAAUUUAGAAGACACCCUGCAGAAUGUGAAUCUUCAGAUGUCCCGGAUCAAAUCUGACCUCCGAGUGACUCAGCAAGAAAAAGAAGCUUUAAAACAAGAAGUGAUGUCUUUACACAGACAGCUUCAGAACUCUUGUGACAAGAAUUAUGCUACAGAAAUAGCUACCCUGCCAUCAGGAUCCCAGAACCAGCAGAAAAGGCUGUCUUGGGAGAAGUUAGAUCAUCUGAUGAAUGAAGAGCCACAGCUACUCUGGCAGGGGAAUGAGAGACUGCAGACCGUGGUGCAGAAUACCAAAGCAGAGCUCAUGCACUCCCGAGAGAAGGUCCAUCAACUGGAAUCCAGCCUUCUUCCCUCUAAGCACCAAAAACAUCAAAACCCAUCAGGUACUGUGAAACUUGCAGAGCAAGAAAAGUUGAACUUAAAGAGAGAAUGUGAACAGUUUCAGAAAGAACGACCUAUUAAUAGGAAGGUCAGUCAAAUGAAUUCUUUUGAAGGAGAAUUAGACACAAUUCAUUUGGAAAAUGAAGGCCUAAAAAAGAAACAGGUGAAACUGGAUGAGCAGCUAAUGGAGAUGCAGCACCUGAGGUCCACUGUGAUGCUUAGCCCCUCGCCUCACUGGGAUCUGCAGCUGCUCCAGCAGCAAGCCUGUCUGAUGGUGCCCAGGGAGCAGUUUCUGCAGCUUCAACACCAGCUGCUGCAGGCAGAAAGAAGAAAUCAGCACCUGCUGGAGGAACUCGACAGCAGGACCUCCGAAACCAACACACCACAGGGAAGCCAGGAACAACUUGUAACUGUCAUGGAGGAACGAAUGAUAGAAGUUGAACAGAAAUUGAAACUGGUGAAAAGGCUCCUUCAAGAGAAAGUAAAUCAGCUCAAAGAACAACUCUGCAAGAACACAAAAGCAGAUGCGAUGGUGAAGGAUUUGUAUAUUGAAAAUGCUCAGUUGUUGAAAGCUCUGGAAAUGACUGAACAGCGCCAGAAAACAGCAGAAAAGAGAAAUUAUCUCCUAGAAGAGAAGAUUGCCAGCCUCAGUACUAUAGUCAGAAAUCUGACACCAGCACCGCUGACUUCUACACCUCCUUUGAGAUCAUAGCUACACCAAAGCAUCUCUUCUGUUUGUGCACUACACUGAAAUGGAUGGAACAUUUCAGUACAUUCUCUUAACCCUCUUUCUACAAACCUUUAAUGACUUAGUGUGAAACAGAACCAAAAGCUACCAGCAACAGAACUGGAGUCUCCAUUCAGAACUAAUCUCUCUUAAUAGGCUUUUUUGGAAGUUCCAAACAAACAUCAUAUAGUUCACUGACUAAAUUAUUAAUAUGCUGAGAUUUUUAUUUCAUAAGCAUUGUAAUAGCUACCUAGAAGGUAAAUAUAUGCAAACAACUAAAGGAGCUUAAAACUCUGUAUUUUUGUUGGUUUUAUUUUUAAAAAUGCACUGUAUACCAAUAUAUGUGUAGAGACAGUAUGAGAUCUAAUUAGACUAGUUAGUAUGAACUCUAUUUUUAUAUCAAAUUUAGGUGUUAGUCAUUUAAAUACUGAAAACUCAUUCUAUAUGUAAUAGUUUUGGUUCUUUGACUUGAUGGAUGGAUAAUAAUUCUUUUGAUAAGAAGGCUUGUCUCUGUAAACAUGGAGAUCAGAAAUAUCCAAGAACUCUACCUUCGAACACCUACACCUACUAUUACUCUUUUUGUUGUUGGUGGUGGUGGCCAUGGGGCUUGAACUCUGGG